UAACGCGUGUCUCCUGAUGGUCUAGUCUAAAUUAACGACGCAAUGUGCAGGUACAGCUAAUCGACUAAUCGAUGAAUUGUAAUUAUAUUGAGCAAGUAUGUUGUUAAAGAACCAACUAGUUAAAAAAUGUAAAAAUGAAGUUACGUUGUAUGCACAUUUUGAAUGACAAGAUGACAAUCGUGUAAUACUAUGUUCACAGUACACAGUAUGUUUUAUUGUGUGUUAAUGGAAAAUUUUCAUAUACCAUGACAAGACCUGUCGUCCAGCGAGCGAUUCACCGCCGUGGCCUCUUACUUCUGCUGUCUCUAGUCAUCACAGCACACCUGGGCUACCUAACAGCCCACCUGUUCUUCACGCUAAUGAACAGCAUCGACACUCUGUCAACAAUCAGUCUACAACAGCAACGCUCGCUACAAAGCUUUGAAUUGGCUGUCCAAAGACUGAUCAACUACACAGAGAAAUACUCAUCCGGUGCUGAAGAUCUUCAGUUUCGAAGUUAUGAAAAUAAAAACUUGGAUUUAUUUCUUGCAGACGGUGGAAACAAAAUGAUAAGAAGAGACCUGAAUCAUCAUGAGGAUGUGUAUUUUUCGAAAGCUGAUUUGUUUAAAAAUAUAACAAAAACGAGCGAUGGUGAUAAAUUAUUCGAGUACAUUCAGGACGAAGAAUAUUUAGCAUCAAACAGCGACUAUUUUACGGAAAACAAAAACAUUAACAAUAAUUUCGACUUCCCGUAUUUGAUUAACGGGGAAAACAUUUGUCAAGGCCAGCCGCCAUAUUUGUUGUUAGUUAUACCUUCGGUUGUCAAGGACGUGUUACGAAGGGAGGCCAUUCGUAAAACAUGGCUCCAUGCAGCAGAAACCAACAAAUGGCCGUGGGCGAGAAUACACAAAAAAAUCAAACAUGUUUUCUUAUUCGGGCAUUUGAAGGUAUCUAAAGAGAAAGAUAUCAAGCAGAUACAAUUUGAGUCCAAUGCGUACGGGGAUGUGGUAAUGGCCGACUUUGAAGACUCGUAUAGAAAUCUUACAUUGAAAAUUUUACUCGGGUUUAGGUGGGCGGUCAAACUUUGCCAAGGUGCGCAGUUUUUAGUGAAGGUAGACAUAGACACCUUGAUCAACGUCCCACUGAUGCUUGAAUUUCUAGACCAAGUCAAGGUUUCGGUCAAAAACGAUAAGUUUUUAGUUGGCCUCAAACAUUUUAACUCCAAACCGGAAGUGGUCAGGUUCGGGAUGUGGAGUGUUAACAGAAACGAGUACCCGUUACCGUACUACCCGCAGUAUAUGUACGGACACGCCUACGCGAUGAGCAUGGCGGCGGUGAGGGUUCUGACGUCAGCGGCGUCCCGCGUGCGGUGGAUCGCCCCGGAGGACGCCUUCAUCACGGGGGUGUUGGCCAAGACGGCCGGGCUGGCCCGUCUGUGGGCGCCGUGUUUUACCGUCUGCUGCCGCGACACCUACGACUGCGAGCUAGUCUGGAACCAAAAUGUGGCCAUCACCUCCGUGACCAGCACCACUGUCUUGCUAAAGCUGUGGGCAGGCGUGACGUCACACAGGUGCAACGACAAGGUCCCCAUGUACUCACCAUUUUUGUGAUGC